AAAAUUUGACUGCGUUGCGCCGGAAGUAACCAUCUGCGCUGACGUAUUUGCUAGUGAGUUGUAAUUUUUUCGUCGAUUCCUAUCACAUAGAGUAGGUAAGUGGAUUUUAGAUUUAUUUAUUUUCUAGUCAAUUCUAAUCAUUUUUCCAAAUAUAAAUUUUAUUCUGUGUGAGACCUAAACCAUACAGCCAGAUUCCUGUUUUCGUGUGCUCUCAUUCGCGUUGACAAAGGUCAAUAACUGCAAACAACGAUGAUUAACACCAUGUUUUUGAUUUUAUCAUCUACAGGGAGGCUAAACCGAGGACAUGUUUUUGUGGGAUUGGUUUUCGAGCGUGUUAAAUUUUCUAGGUCUGUAUAAAAAAUCGGGAAAACUCGUCUUUCUGGGUCUCGACAAUGCUGGCAAGACAACUCUGCUUCACAUGCUGAAGGAUGACCGAAUGGCUCAACACGUACCAACGCUUCAUCCGACAUCAGAGGAGCUAUCGAUGGGAGGAAUGAGAUUCACUACUUUUGAUUUAGGAGGACAUAAGCAAGCGAGAAGAGUUUGGAAAGAUUAUUUCCCAGCUGUGGAUGGUAUCGUGUUCUUAGUCGACGUAGCUGAUCGAGAACGUUUGAACGAAGCACGUGUUGAAUUAGAAAGUUUGAUUAUUGACGAACAAGUUGCGAUGGCGCCGAUUUUAGUUCUCGGCAAUAAAAUAGAUGUUCAAGGUGCUUGCUCCGAAGAAGAUAUUCGCCACGUGAUGGGAAUACACGGAAAGACAACUGGCAAGGGGCAAAUACCCGUUUCCGAAUUACAUACAAGGCCCAUGGAACUUUUUAUGUGUUCUGUCCUCAAACGUCAAGGUUAUGGCGAAGGUUUUCGUUGGCUUGCCCAAUAUAUUAAUUAG